UGAGAGAAGAUGGUUAGCAAUAGCGAGUGGCUGAGUUGAUUGCGUUUAUGUACUGAAUCACCUUAUCCUUUGACAGGAGGAUUACAUUCAUUCUCUUCACAAUGUGCUGCUCUCUCAAAUGAGUGGGUCGUGAGAUUCAAGAGCCUGCAAUGGCCCAUUCACUGUUACCCCCUGCUUUCGCCAAACACCCCAGACCUCAAAUCUCCCCAUCCUUGAAAAAUUUAAGCUCUGUCAAUUCUCUCAGACUAAAAACAAUAGCUACAAGGAAAGUACCUUCCAGGAAAGCAGCGUCCAGGUGCUCCCUCGCAAACGGUGUGAAGGCGACUAAUUCCCAACCGCAGAAAUCAAAAACUAUAUUUCCCGGCGGGUUACAGCGAGCAGAAGUGAAAUUGCCCGGGCUAGUGCUCACUGUAAAGGCGAACGACGUGCUCAAGAACGAGAGGGAUUUGAAACUCAUUGAUUCGGCGUUAGCGGCGGGAUUUACAAUUGUAGUGGUGGAGGGAGAAGAAGGAGAAGGAGGAGAAUUGUAUGAGGCGGCGUGCGCUGUGAAGGCCAAGGUGAGAGGCAGAGCACAUUUGCUGGUUGCAGAGCGCGUGGACAUCGCCGCUGCAGCAGGGGCCACAGGCGUCGUCCUCUCCGACCAAGGGCUGCCUGCUAUCAUUGCAAGGAAUAUGAUGCAAAGUGCUGGAUUAGAUUCUACACUUCUUCCAUUGGUGGCUAGAACUGUAAGAAGUUCUAAGUCUGCCCAGAGUGCAAGUGCUACUGAUGGUGCUGAUUUCGUAAUGCUUGUCAUUGAGAACAAAGAGGAAGCAGAUAUAUUGGUUGAUAGUGUUUGCCAAGUCAUUACCAUACCAGUAUUUGUCAUGCUCGACUCAAUUAAGUCGAGCACUGUGGUUAGCUUAAUUUCUAGGUUGAGAAAAGCAGGUGCCAGUGGAUUGGUAAUUUCAGCAGCAGAUAUAGAAUACUUUGGAGAUGACAUCCUUAAAAAAGUGAGACCAUUACUUUCUAGUACACAAACUGUCAAGGAUGCUAAAGAAAAUAGUGAAGAUGACAUCCCUUGGAUGAAAAUAGCAAAUGAUAAUUUAAGCAGUGAUUUAACAAAAGCUGUGCAGAAUGUACAGAGUUUAGAUCUAAAGGUCAAAGAGCUUUUAGAUGAGGAACGGUGCUUUCUGCUGAAUGUGAUCAAUGUUAUUCAUGAAGCUGCCCCACAGAUGCAGGAGAUUUCACUUCUUGUGGAUGCAGUUGCCCAGCUGGAUAAAUUGUUUUUGCUGGUUAUAGUGGGUGAAUUCAAUUCUGGUAAAUCAACACUGAUCAAUGCCUUGCUAGGAAAAAGAUAUAUGAAAGAAGGGGUGGUACCAACCACAAAUGAAAUAUCUGUUUUGUGUUACUCCGGUGAGGGAAAUGAUGAGAAAGAACGAUGUGAAAGACAUCCAGAUGGACAUUUCAUACGUUAUCUUCCAGCUUCAAUUUUAAAACAAAUGAGCCUUGUUGAUACUCCUGGUGCAAAUGUGAUUCUUAAGCGACAACAACGACUUACUGAAGAGUUUUUGCCUCGAGCAGACCUGGUGCUUUUUGUAAUAUCAGCAGACCGACCAUUGACUGAAAGUGAGGUGAAUUUUCUUCGUUACAUUCGCCAAUGGGGUAAAAAAAUAAUAUUCAUCUUAAACAAGUCAGAUAUUUUCAAAGAUAUCAAAGAGCUGGAGGAGGCCAUGGGAUUUGUGAAGGACAAUAUACUGCAGUUGUUAAGCAUAGAACAGGUAAUACUAUAUCCAGUUUCUUCACGUUCUGCCUUAGAAGCAAAAAUAGCAGCAAUGGCAGGGGAUGGAGGUGUUGACCUAGAAGUUCUUUCAAAGGAUCCAAACUGGGUAAGAAGUGGGUUUUCAGCACUGGAAGAGUUCAUAUUCAGUUUUCUUGAUGGAUCCAGUGACAGAGGAGCAGAGAAAGUCAGACUUAAAUUGGAGACCCCAAUGGGUAUUGCCAGAACCUUGCUGGCUGCAACAGAAAAACAAUUAUCUGAAGAAAGUGCAAACGUGAAUGCUGACUUGAUGUCUAUAAAGGAGAGUAUUGUCCAGUUGAAGCAUUAUCAACAGUUAAUGGAAAAUGACAGUUUCUCAUGGAGGAAGAAAGUUCUAUCUGUGAGUGGGAUUAUACAGAUUGAAGCUGCAAAAAAGCGUGCAGAAAAAAAUAUUGAUUCGAUUCUUAGGGUGUCCAAUGUUGAAGUUGCUGCAGAGUACAUCUUAAGAGGGGACCGUUCAAAAUCAUUGCCUGUUAUCAUUAAUUUUGAGAGUGAAGUCAUUGGUUCUGCUGUUUUAGAUAUUCGGAAAUUGCUUGAAGAAUAUUGGAAUUGGUUAAGAUCAAAUAAUGAUCAACAAGAAGGGUGGUUUAAAGGGUUUUUUGAGGAUCAAUUUUCUAGUUUGGCAAGUGCUGAUGAGUUCAGUGGAGGUCAAGAGAAAAGUAUGGAGGAAAUGCAAGCAAAAAGCACAGUAGUGUUGGAAGAAUUCAAUGUUAAAGCUGCAGCUAUACUUUUUGAACAAGAAAUACGUGAAGUGGUAAUUGAAACAUUUGGUGGAUUAGGAGUGGCUGGGUUAUCUGCUUCUGUAUUAACUUCAGUCUUGCCCACUACACUGGAGGAUCUCCUAGCUCUGACUCUCUGCUCUGCUGGCGGUUUAUAUGGUGUAUGGAAAUUGCCCCAGCGCCGAAUUGAGGUAAAGGGAAAAGUUCAACGAGUAGCAGAUUCAUUUGCAACUCAUCUGGAAACAGCAAUGAAAGAAGAUCUGGAGAAGGCUAUGAAUGAUGCACAAUCUAGGGUAGAUUUAAUCACCAAGCCAUAUCGUGAUGCUGCACAGUCUAAAGUCAACUGCUUAGAUGAUUUCCUAAUGGAGAUAAAAGAUUUGGAGGAAAAAAUGCAAAUUUUACAAUUCAAAGUUCAAAAUCUUGGGGCAUCAUGACUUAAUUAUGUAUCAAUCUAAGGGAAUUUGCUGGAGCCUGAAAUGUACCUUCUAUCAUGUAACAUAUUUUUUGUAGGCUUCUAUACUGUGACAUGCCAAUUUUGAUAUUUAUACUUACUGUAACAUAUCCUGGAUGCAUAAUAUCUUCACGUCUACUUGUGGUUUCAAUCUGCCACAGUUCAUGAAAGAAGCUUGUUUCAUGCUAGUCUUACUCUGCUUGGAGUAGAUCAAGAUUUUCAUUUUAUUAAUUUAUAAUUUCCUUAGUUUUCCAA